AUGCCUUCUGGAUCCGUUCUCGUCACCGGUGGUACCGGCUACAUUGGCUCCUUCACCACCCUCGCCCUUCUUGAGGCUGGUUACAAGGUCGUCGUUGCUGACAACCUCUACAACUCCUCUCCUGAGGCUCUGAACCGCAUUGAGUUGAUCUCUGGCAAGAAGGCCGAGUUUGCGCAGCUCGAUGUCACCGACGAGGCUGCCUUCGACAAGGUCUUCGAAGCCCACCCGGACAUUGACAGCGUCAUCCACUUCGCCGCCUUGAAGGCCGUCGGCGAAUCUGGCGAGAAGCCCCUUGACUACUACCAUGUCAACGUCUACGGCACCAUCUGCCUCCUCCGCUCCAUGGUCCGCCACAACGUCACCAACAUUGUCUUCUCUAGCUCCGCUACCGUGUAUGGAGAUGCCACCCGUUUCCCCAACAUGAUCCCCAUCCCCGAGGUCUGCCCUCUCGGCCCUACAAACCCCUACGGCAACACCAAGUACGCUAUUGAGCUCGCCAUUACCGACGUUAUCAACGCCCAACGCAACAACGCCACCAAGGCAGGCAACGAGGCCGAGGCCACCAAGUGGAACGGUGCUCUGCUGCGCUACUUCAACCCCGCUGGUGCCCACCCCAGCGGUAUCAUGGGCGAGGACCCCCAGGGUGUCCCUUACAACCUGCUCCCCUUGCUCGCCCAAGUCGCCACUGGCAAGCGCGAGAAGCUCCUCGUCUUCGGAGAUGACUACGCCUCUCACGACGGAACCGCUAUCCGAGACUACAUCCACAUUCUUGACCUCGCAGACGGCCACCUCAAGGCCCUCAACUACCUCCGCUCCAACAACCCCGGUGUGCGCGCCUGGAACCUUGGUACCGGCCGCGGCAGCACCGUUUACGAGAUGGUCAGCGCCUUCUCCAAGGCCGUCGGCCGCGACCUCGCCUACGAAGUCGCUCCCCGCCGAGCCGGUGACGUUCUCAACCUCACCUCCAACCCGACCCGUGCCAACGAGGAGCUCGGCUGGAAGGCCCAGCGUACCCUCGAGCAGGCCUGCGAGGAUCUCUGGCUCUGGACUGAGAACAACCCCCAGGGAUACAGGCAACAGCCUCCCGCUACGCUGCUGGACCAGCUCAAGAAAUAA